AUGAGAACUUUGACUUGUCCCUUCCUGCAGCUGAGACUCAAACUCGCUGCUGCCAAACAAGGUCAGACUCCCAUACUCCAGAACGAGCCAUUCAACUCUAGCUCUUCCUCUCACAAGGAAAAGCAAAAGGAGAAGCGGAAAAGAAAGCAAAAAGAGACGAUCAAAUCUAAAACCAAGACCAAGUCCAAGCCCAAGCCCAAAUUUGGUUCGCCUCCUACCAAGAGUAAAGUCAUCGAUAAGGACGGAUCGAACGUCAAAGAUAAGGGAUCUGAAAAUAUUUCGGAAGGAUCUCUUGGCGAUGACUUGCGAAAGAGACGAUUUCCAGAGAAUGGGUUUGACAAAAGAGGAAUACCUGAUGAAGAUAACCUCUUGAGCGGCAUGGGUUCUGGAAUGGGUUUAGGCAUGAAUACAGGUGCUUUGGCUCUGAGCUCUGGCUUGGGACUCGACCUUGGACCUGGACUUGGACCUAGAGGAAUCGGUGGAACUGACGCUGAUAUCUCAAUUGAGGGUGGUUCCGGUGGCAAGGGAUGCGGAGGAGUUCAGAGGUGA